GGCGUGCCCGGCAAGGGGAAGCGGGGUGGGGCUUGAGGUCACAUGACUAGCUAGGACUGGCCCGCCUCCUGCAGCUGAAGACUUCCCCUCUCUCAGUGACAGAGCCUCUGGGUCCCGUCUAGGUACACAUUCUGCAUUUCGAGCCCGGGCAGGUGAGGUGCGACAGGUAAAUUUAACACAAUGGAUUUCUCCAAGCUACCCAAAAUCCGCGAUGAGGAUAAAGAAAGUACAUUUGGUUAUGUGCAUGGAGUCUCAGGGCCUGUGGUUACAGCCUGUGACAUGGCAGGUGCUGCCAUGUACGAGCUGGUGAGAGUGGGGCACAGCGAGCUGGUUGGAGAAAUUAUUCGAUUGGAAGGUGACAUGGCCACCAUUCAGGUGUAUGAAGAAACUUCUGGUGUCUCUGUUGGAGACCCCGUACUCCGCACUGGUAAACCUCUCUCGGUCGAGCUGGGUCCCGGGAUUAUGGGAGCCAUUUUUGAUGGUAUACAGAGACCUCUGUCGGAUAUCAGCAGUCAGACCCAAAGUAUCUACAUCCCCAGAGGAGUCAAUGUGUCUGCUCUCAGCAGAGAUAUCAAAUGGGAGUUUAUACCCAGCAAAAACCUACGGGUUGGUAGUCAUAUCACUGGUGGAGACAUUUAUGGGAUUGUCAAUGAGAACUCCCUCAUCAAACACAAAAUCAUGUUGCCCCCACGUAACAGAGGAAGUGUGACUUACAUCGCGCCGCCUGGGAAUUAUGAUGCGUCUGAUGUUGUCCUGGAGCUUGAGUUUGAAGGUGUGAAGGAGAAGUUCAGCAUGGUCCAAGUGUGGCCUGUGCGGCAGGUGCGGCCUGUCACUGAGAAGCUGCCCGCCAAUCACCCCUUGCUUACUGGCCAGAGAGUCCUCGAUGCCCUUUUCCCGUGUGUUCAGGGAGGAACUACUGCUAUCCCGGGUGCCUUUGGCUGUGGGAAGACUGUGAUUUCCCAGUCUCUCUCCAAGUACUCCAACAGUGACGUCAUCAUCUAUGUCGGCUGCGGUGAGAGAGGCAACGAGAUGUCAGAAGUUCUCCGCGACUUCCCUGAGCUCACCAUGGAGGUUGAUGGGAAAGUAGAGUCCAUCAUGAAGAGGACAGCGCUGGUAGCCAAUACCUCCAACAUGCCUGUGGCUGCAAGAGAAGCCUCCAUCUACACUGGAAUUACACUAUCAGAAUAUUUCCGUGACAUGGGCUACCACGUCAGUAUGAUGGCCGACUCUACCUCUAGAUGGGCUGAGGCCCUCAGAGAAAUCUCUGGUCGCUUAGCUGAGAUGCCUGCAGAUAGUGGAUACCCUGCAUACCUUGGUGCCCGGCUGGCUUCUUUCUAUGAGCGAGCAGGCAGAGUGAAAUGUCUUGGAAACCCUGAGAGAGAAGGGAGUGUCAGCAUUGUAGGAGCGGUUUCUCCACCUGGUGGUGAUUUUUCUGAUCCAGUCACUUCUGCAACUCUGGGUAUUGUUCAGGUGUUCUGGGGCUUGGAUAAGAAGUUAGCUCAACGCAAGCACUUCCCCUCUGUGAACUGGCUCAUCAGCUACAGCAAGUACAUGCGUGCCCUGGACGAGUACUAUGACAAGCACUUCACGGAGUUCGUUCCUCUGAGGACCAAAGCUAAGGAGAUCCUGCAGGAAGAAGAGGAUCUGGCGGAAAUUGUGCAGCUCGUGGGAAAGGCCUCUUUAGCAGAGACGGAUAAAAUCACUCUGGAGGUAGCAAAACUUAUUAAAGAUGACUUCCUACAGCAAAAUGGGUACACUCCUUAUGACAGGUUCUGUCCAUUCUACAAGACAGUGGGGAUGCUGUCCAACAUGAUUUCAUUCUAUGACAUGGCCCGCCGAGCUGUGGAGACCACUGCCCAGAGUGACAAUAAGAUCACAUGGUCCAUUAUCCGGGAACACAUGGGGGAGAUUCUCUAUAAACUUUCCUCCAUGAAAUUCAAGGAUCCAGUGAAAGAUGGCGAGGCAAAGAUCAAGGCCGACUAUGCACAGCUUCUUGAAGAUAUGCAGAAUGCAUUCCGUAGCCUUGAAGACUAGAACUGUGAUCUCUUCCCUCUUCCGCGGCAAGCUCAUACGUGUAUAUUUUCCUGAAUUUCUCAUCUCCAACCCUUUGCUUCCAUAUUGUGCAGCUUUGAGACUAGUGCCUAUGUGUGUUCUCGUUCAUUUUGCUGUUUCUUUGGUAGGUCUUAUAAAACAAACAUUCCUUUGUUUCAGUGUUUGAAGGAGCUAGCUCCCUUACCUUUAUCUGAAGUGGUGAAUGUAGUGCAUAUGAUACACAUUGUAAGAUAUACAUUGUAACAUGAUCCAUACUGUAAACUUGUAUGUAAGGUGACUACCCCGUCCCUCAUCUCCAGUAAACUGUAAACAGGACUACUGCAUGUACUCUGUUGGGAAUGGAAGGCCAGAACUCCGUACCGUGGAUGGGUACUUAGGAGACAACUCAGCCUUUGUAGUCAGACCACUUGCAACUUAGUGGUUUGUUGAGUAACCAUUUUGCAGGAAAUACUUCCAUUUAAAAACAUAAAAGAUUAAUGUUCCAAUUAUUUGUGUCAAUCAGGACCAUUUUUGUGGGGCACUUGGGAACUAUUUUGUUUUUCAAACAGACAUUUGCAAGACUGAACAUAAUAGAUAAAUCAGUUACCUCUGAAAAUGUGAAAGAAAGAAAAAAAAAAAGAACCAGGUGGUCAAACUUAAAUUGACAUCAUCUUGUUAAAGCAUAUUUUAUUUC